AUGGCCCUCCAGGUGCAGCUCAAAGCUCCCAACGGGGUGGAAUUCACCCUGCCGACCGGCCUCUUCAUCAACAAUGAAUUCGUCAAGUCAACUUCAUCGCAGCGCAUCACCAGCAUCAGCCCAAGCACCGGCCAAGAAAUCUGCUCCGUGGAAGCAGCCUCGGCGCAAGACAUUGACCGCGCCGUCACAGCCGCCCGCGCGGCUUUCAACAGCCCCUCAUGGCGAGACAUAUCCGGCGGUGCUCGCGGCGCCCUCAUGCACAAGCUCGCGGACCUCAUCGAGCAGGACCAGCGCGUGCUCGCCACCAUUGAGACGUGGGACAACGGCAAGCCCUACAGCGUCUCCUUCAACGAGGACCUCAACGAGAUCCACGGCCAGACCAUCCCGACGACAACGGCCAAGUUUGCCUACACGCUCAAGCAGCCCGUCGGCGUGUGCGCCCAAAUCAUCCCGUGGAACUACCCGCUCGCCAUGGCGGCGUGGAAGCUCGGCCCGGCGCUGGCCACCGGAAACACCAUCGUCAUGAAGCCCGCCGAGCAGACGCCCCUAUCCAUCCUGUACCUUGCCGACCUCGCCCGCCGGGCCGGCUUCCCCCCCGGCGUGCUCAACAUUGUCAACGGCUUCGGGAGGGACGCCGGGUCCGCGCUCGCCGCCCACCCCGGCAUCAACAAGAUUGCCUUUACGGGGUCGACCACGACCGGCCGCGAGAUCAUGAAGACGGCCAGCAUCGGCAUGAAGAACAUCACGCUCGAGACGGGCGGCAAGUCGCCCCUCCUCGUCUUCAGCGACGCCGACAUCGACCAGGCCGCCAAGUGGGCGUACGUGGGCAUCAUGAGCAACCAGGGCCAGGUGUGCACCGCCACCUCGCGCCUCCUGGUGCAAGAGUCCGUCGUGGACGCCUUCGUCGCCGCCUUCCUCGACGUGGUCAAGACGUCCGUCGUCAUCGGCGACCCCUUUGCCGAGCAGACCACCCACGGGCCGCAGGUCUCGCAGGCCCAGUACGACAAGAUCCUGUCGUACAUUGACAGCGCAAAGGCCCAGGGCGCCCGGCUCGAGGCCGGCGGCCGCUCGGCGCAGAAGACCGCCGGCAGCGGCAGCGGCUACUUCAUCGAGCCGACCGUCUUCUCCCGCGUCACGCCGGACAUGAGCGUGUUUAGGGAGGAGGUCUUUGGGCCCCUGGUGACCAUUACGCCCUUUGCCGACGAGGCCGAUGCCGUGGCCCUGGCCAACGACUCCAUCUACGGUCUCGCCGCCGCCGUCUUUAGCCAGAACAUCGAGCGUGCGCACAGGGUGGCUGCCGCUCUCGAGGCCGGCAUGGUCUGGGUAAACUCGUCCAACGACUCUGAGAUUCAGGUGCCCUUUGGCGGCGUCAAGCAGAGCGGCAUUGGCCGCGAGUUGGGCGAGGCUGGUCUCGCCGCUUACACGGAAACCAAGGCUGUCCACGUCAACUUGGGUUCAAAGCUGUGA